UUUUGUGCGUCGGGAAUAGUUUGGAUGCUACCGGCACCAAAAACAUUUUGAUUUGGAGGUUGCAACGAAUAGCGAAACCACAAAUUGGGCAGAGCGUGCUAAAAUUAAAAAGGAAUUGGGAAUCUAGUAAAUUCGACGAAAUGGAACAUUCGAGAAACCUUUCGGAUGGGACGGAAAACGACGCCGCCAUUUCGACAGAAAUCAAAGACAACGUAGAGAAAUGCGGCGAAGGAGAAGAGAGAAACAACGAGAGUGGGCAACAGAAUAGCGAGAGACGAGAGAAGAUGCAAAAUGAAGAUGGCGACGACCAGUACAACGACAAAGAAGAAGGAAAGGACAACGUAAAGAAAAGCUACGACGUAAUGGAAAAAAUCAACGUAAAGAAAAUCGACGACGUAAAGAAAAAUGAAAACGUAAGGAAGAUAUACAACGCGAAGCAAGAUGGAAAUGGAAACGACAACGUAAAGGGAAAUAAAAACGUAAUGCUAAACGACAAUAUAAAGCAAGAUGAUAACGUAAGGCCGAACAACAACGUAAGGGAAGCGGUCGGCAAAAACAAUGGAGAUUUUAACGAGCCAGGAAAUAUGAAAGAGCAAUGCGACUUAGAUGUUAUUCUACAACGCUUUGAAAUUUUUAAGAAAGAUGAAAAAAUACAUAAACUGGAGGAAGAACUGACUAGUAUUAAAAAUCAAAUAAGUUAUGCAGAGGGUGCUAGAAAUAAAAUAUCUCUGGAAAUGCUAAAAGAGCUGGUAUACGUUUUUGAAUGUGACAAUAAAUUCUUCAACUGGCGUACAAUGAUCAACAAUGUUCGGAAAACUUACAACGUAGAUGACGAUGUGAUGCGAGCAGUAAUUUUUAACAAAGUUAAAAGCAAAGCAUUGGAAUGGAUGACUGCAAAUCCUACACUAAUGGCAGAAACUGUAGAUUUUCUGCUAGAUGAAAUGGCUAAACAUUUUGAAAAGAAAGGGUCUAAACUUAUUAUCAACUUCAAUUAUGCACCUGGAAAUGAGGGAAACGCUUCGACGAAUAUUUCCAAGAAAUGGUAUCUCUGGGAAAUGAAAUUGACCUGGAUGAAGAUGAGCUGAUCGAGUACAUGAUAGCGGGAAUUCCGGAUGUAAAUCUUCGGAACAUUGCGAAACUACAAAAUUUCUCGACGAAGACCGAAAUGUUAGAAGCAUUCAUACAACGAAACGCACAGGAACGGAAGGGUACUGGAAAAACUCAAAGGCGAAAUGUUAAGUGUUACAACUGUAACAGUUUGGGGCACAUAUCAAGCGAAUGUCGAAAGCCGAAACGAGAGAUGGGUACUUGCUUCGCUUGUGGAAAACCUGGACAUCAAGCUAAGGAUUGUGAGCAGUAUAAGAAAAUAGUUGUACAAAAUGAAUAUAAACACUCUUAGAUUCAGGAAGCCCCAUAAGUUUGAUAAAACAAGCAUACGUUCCACCUCAAAUACAUUUAAGGAAAAUGAAUAACCGAAGAUUUUUGGAAGUGUAAAAUGUUUAAUUUCGUUUUCAAAUAAAGACGUAUUGUGCGAGUUAAUGGUGGUGGAUAAUGAA